AUGAAGGCCAAUUAUUCCAAGCUAGCAGUGUUCCAAAUUCUUAUAUUGGCCACACUCAGCCAACAUUCUACUGCAGACCUGACAACAUUCAAUGAGCCUUGUCUUGGUGUCGUCGGUCAAUUUUCCGACAACAGGGAUGGUCUACUAUGCCAAACUCCUUCUGGAAUGUUAUACAAUAUUUCAUCAGUCGGUGACGCUUGGGUCGAAAAGCAUAUGCUCACCGGAGAACUCUUCUCCGGAGAGACCAUCCUUCAGAUUCCUGCCAACACUAUUCUAAAUACAGACACAGACACGCUGGAAAUGGAUCAACCACCGGCGCUAAACGUAAAGGACCCAGAAGGAAGAAGGCUUCGGCAGCUUACGAAAACAGAAGGCGACAGGACAGUCCUUGCUGUGCGGGUGCUCGCUUCCAAUAGUAAAACAUCCCACGAUGCGGAAGAAAUUUCACAUUCCAUCUUUGGCGGUCCCAACGACUAUGUCAACCUCAAGUCCCAAGUCCAAGCCUGCUCUCACGGGAAACUCAACUUUCAAAAGCGUCCUGAUUUGAAUGGCAUCGAUACCAAUAUCCGCAAUGGAGUUGUCACAAUUAAAGUCAACAUGGCUGUCAACGUCGGGCAUUCCAAAAUAGUCAAUGCCGUCUCACAAGAGAUCAAUCGUCAAUUCGGAAUGUCGCACGUGGAUAUUGCUGAUCAUGUCAUGUAUUGUUUGCCAAAUGGAGCUUAUGGAGGAGUUGGGUUUGCUCUUAUGAACCGAGGCCUUUCAGUCUACAAUGAUAAGUUGUGCACUUCGGUCAGUACGCAAAUGCACGAAGUUGGUCACAACUUAAACCUUGGACACUCGUCAGAAGGAACGGAAAAGUAUGGAGACCAAACUGGAGUGAUGGGAUACUCUUAUCGAAAAAACGAGGCUCCCAAGAUGUGUUACAAUGCUGCAAAGAGCUUCCAACUCGGAUGGUUCCGCGAUAAGUCUUCUUCGUACACUCCAGGAGAACCAGGGUGGGUCGACGACCGUACAUUCAACCUUGCUAGCAUCGUGGACUACGACACUUCCAACUUUGAUGUCGCUGUCGAGCUUGUACAACCAGCGAAGCAGUCGAAUUUUUACAUCAGCUUCAAUGCCGGGAAAGGGUUCAACUCUGGAGUGAGAGAAGCAAAGAACCAAGUUUUGGUCUUUGAGAAGAAGUCGAUCGAUGGAAGCGAUUCUUCUCGUGUUGCGGAUCUAUCUUCGGGUGAAAGUUUCAUUAUUUCCGAUUACAAUGGGGCUCCAGGAGACAAGUUGACGAUUACAGCAAGGUCAAUCAAUCUUGGAACCAGUGAAGCCGUCGUGCGAGUUCGAUUGGAACGAGCUAUUGCCCCUACUCCUGUUCCUACGAAAAGCCCAACUCCAUCACCAACGCUCUAUCCGACGAGUGCUCCAACAUACAAUCCUACUAAUUCACCUACGGACGUCCCCACUCGUGUACCAACCAAUGUUCCAACAUCGGCUCCAACCUCAUCCCCUACAAGCAGUCCAACAAGAAGUCCAACCCCCAAACCGACCAGAGUUGUUGAAACAUCACCACCACAAAGCCCAACAGGAGGAGUAGAAGGGAGAAAUCCAACUCCUGAUAAUGUCACAACCACCACACAAACUUCUUGUAGUGAGCAAUACCAUUCAUGUACCACCAAAGAUGACUGUUGUAACGGAAUGGUGUGCCAAAGAGUGAUUGGUACAUAUGGUUUUAUGAAUAUCUGCCAAUUACUUCGCCAAGAGACCAAGGAUAAGGCUCCACGAUCAGCAACGGGUGCUGGCAAACGUAGAUUGCGGGGUGAUAGUUCUGUCAGCAGACUUCAGAAUCCUGAAAUAGCAUAG